UUUAACUCAUGCAAAAGCCACUCACACAACCCGAGAUUCUCCGACAACUCCAUUGACUACUCCGCCUCACUGUCGUUUUCUCUCUUUCACCCUCAUUCAUUCAUUCAUUCACUCACUCACUUUUACUUUUUUUCUCUCCCUUCUUUAUGAAUGUUCAAUAAAUUUUCAGUCUUUGUUUUCAGGCCACAAUCUCAUCGGAAUCUGGAUUUUCUUUCAUACCCAGAAGUUAUUUUCAGAUAUGUGACUUUAAUCUGUUAAAAUAAUACAGGAGAUUAUUGAAGAGAUUAAGCCUAUUGGCUGAUCAAUGCCGAAGAAGAGGAGGAGCAAUUUAUAUCAAUCCAAGCAUCCAUUUGAUGUUUAUCCUUUUGAGGCAUUUUUUCAUGACUCAUGGCAACCUGUGGAGUUCAUAAGAAUCGAGGAUGGGAUUGUCACCAUGCAUCUCACAGAUAACCAAACUCUGGUUGAGGAGAAACGUCCAUUCUCAAAUCUUCGACUAAAAUCAAGGAGAGCAACUUUAUCUGACUGCACCUGCUUUUUGAGGCCUGGAGUUGAUGUAUGUCUGCUUUCAGCCACUGAAAAUGCAGAGAAUUCAGAGGAAGAAAAUAAAGAUCCCGUGUGGCUUGAUGCUAAAAUAAGUUCCAUCGAGAGAAAGCCUCACGGAGAUCAAUGCUUAUGCCAGUUUUAUGUUAAAUUAUAUGUCAACCAAGGUCCUCUUGGUUCAGAGAGGGGAACUCUCAGUAAAGAGAGUAAACUAGUAGGAAUUGAUCAAAUAACCAUCCUCCAAAAGCUUGGAAAAGAUGCUUGUGAAGAUCAACACUACCGGUGGGAUUUCUCUGAGGACUGCUCUUUGUUGCAAAGAUCUAAGCUGCUGCUGGGGAAAUUUUCAUCUGAUCUUUCAUGGUUACUUGUUGCAUCAGUUUUGAAGCAGACUCCGUUUGAUAUUGGAUCUGUGCAAAACAAAAUCGUCUAUCAAGUUUUGGAUGGUGAUGAAGAAAACUCUGCACCAAACUCAGAUAAACAUCUAUAUGCUAUAAAUUUCAAUGUUGACGGUGGCAUUUCAACAUCUCAUGUGGUUCAGUUUAUUCAAACUGAUACUAAACCGGUCAGUCCUGAUUGUAGUGUGCAAGAAGCUGGACCAGUGCCACUUUGUGAUGUUAUGAACCUGCGGCGAUCCAAGCGUCGAAAUGUACAACCUGAGCGAUUUUUUGGCUGUGAUAUUCCUCCAGACUCAGACAUUGGCUGGGUUCGCCAAUUGCCAUAUAAGCCUGACAAAUGGAAAGAAGAAGAUUUGUACUUACCAUUACCAUGCCUGGUAUGGGGGCAUUCAAAUUGCUCAGAAGAGAAUGUGGAGAGUGACACAAGAAAUCUUCCUAAAAAGAAGAGCAGGAAUAAACAUAAGGAGGUGAAAACCAGUAUGGCCAGUCAAAAAGAACAUAACACUGAACUUGCCAUUGUUCCUGUGCCUACUGAAAGUGAUCCAUUAGCCUUUUAUCAGGAUGAUCUCCCUGCCAAAAAUCCUGAAAAUCAUUCAGGAGAGAUUGAUGAAACUCCUCUCAAGUAUUAUUUGAAAGGUCCUCGUUCAGUGCAGAGGAGGGAUACAUCUGAGUUAGAAGAUACUGAGUUUGAAAGAUGGUGGGGAGAAAUAAACCCCAACAAAAAAGUGCUAAGUAAAAAUAUCUCCAAGGUAGAAGAUAUGGGAUUUGAAAGUAGGACAUGGGGAAAACUGUCCAACAAGAAAGUCCAAACUAACAGAUUUCGUCCAAGAAGUUCAAAAAAUGAUGCAUGUUGUGAAAGAAAGGUGUAUAAGAAAACAACCUUAAGUGCAGGAGCAUACAGUAGAGUAAUAAAUUCAUAUAUGAAGAAUAUUGAGUCCACAAUGACAAAUGAAGAACCGGAUAUUAUUGACCAGUGGAAUGGAUUUAAGGCAAACUCCCUAGAGCAAAUGAUGGAAAUGGAACAAUCGGAAAUGGAGCAAACCUCAAGCGAAGAUGAUGGAGAAAUUUCAGAAAAUGAAAUUUUAUGGAAAGAAAUGGAAUUAUCUAUGGCAUCAACUUAUAUCCUUGAGGACAAUGAGGGUUCAAAAUCUGGAGAGCCAACUGAGACUCUGGAAAAAUCAAGUGAAGGUUGCCAACACAAAUACAGAUUAGAUGAAGAAGUUGGAAUUUGUUGUAUUAAAUGUGGUUUCGUGCGCACGGAAAUAAAAUAUGUUGCACCACCCUUUAUGCAACACAGAAUCUGGGAAACUGACAAUAAGGUGGAGGAUCAAGAAUAUUCAAAGCAUAAGCCUGUUGAAGAUGAGGGCCUGAAUAUUUUCUGCAACCAAGCUUCCUCUGACUUCUCCUUAUCAGAAGAGAAUGACAAUGUGUGGGCCUUAAUUCCCGAACUUAAGAAGAAAUUGCAUUUUCAUCAGAAAAAGGCUUUUGAAUUUCUAUGGAGAAAUAUUGCUGGGUCUGUGGAGCCGGCACUUAUGCAACCAGCAUCUAAGAAAACUGGCGGUUGUGUUAUUUCUCAUUCUCCUGGCGCUGGAAAAACUUUGCUCAUUAUUGCAUUCCUUGUUAGCUACUUGAAGUUAUUCCCAGGAAAACGACCUUUGGUCCUUGCCCCAAAGACAACUCUUUAUACCUGGUACAAAGAAUUUAAUAAGUGGAAAAUUCCCAUACCAGUUCAUCUAAUCCAUGGCCGUAGGACCUAUAGAGUCUUCAAGCCAAAAAGGGUAAAGUCAUUCCGAGGAGUUCCAGCCCCUACUUUAGAUGUUAUGCAUGUUCUGGAUUGCUUGGAGAAGAUACAGAAGUGGCAUGCACAGCCCAGCGUUCUUGUCAUGGGUUACACUUCGUUUCUAACACUAAUGCGGGAAGAUGCAAACUUUGCACACAGAAAAUAUAUGGCUAAAGUGCUGCGGGAGAGUCCAGGGAUCCUGAUACUAGACGAAGGGCACAACCCUAGAAGCACUAAGUCAAGAUUGAGGAAGGUUCUGAUGAAAGUUGAAACAGACCUGAGAAUAUUGCUUUCAGGUACAUUAUUUCAGAACAACUUCUGUGAGUAUUUCAAUACACUCUGCUUGGCCCGACCAAAGUUUAUCAAUGAAGUGCUGAGGGAACUAGACCCAAAAUUCAAAAGGAGAAAAAAUAAGAAGAAGGCCCUCCAUUUAUUAGAAUCUCGCGCAAGAAAAUUCUUCAUAGAUACCAUUGCAAGAAAGAUUGAUUCAGACAACGGUGAAGAAAGGAUGCAAGGUUUAAAUAUGUUGAAAAAUAUCACAAGUGGAUUUAUCGAUGUGUAUGAAGGUGUAGGUUCUGAGGAGCUCCCUGGUUUACAAAUUUACACCUUAAUGAUGAAUCCAACGGAUGUACAACGUAACAUUUUAGAGCAACUUCAGGAUAUUAUGAAGGAUUACAAUGGGUAUCCUCUUGAGUUGGAGCUUUUGAUAACCCUUGCAUCAAUACAUCCUUGGUUGGUAAAAACUUCAAAUUGUGUUAACAAAUUUUUUACUCCCGAAGCACUAAUGGAUCUUGAAAAGUACAAACAUGAUUUUAGAAAAGGGUCCAAAGUGAUGUUUGUUCUAAAUCUUGUGUAUCGAAUUGUCAAGCAAGAGAAGGUUCUGAUUUUUUGCCACAAUAUUGCACCUAUCAAUUUGUUUUCAGAACUGUUCCAGAAAGUCUUUCGAUGGCAGAAGGGUAAAGAAAUUUUGGUUCUCACAGGGGACCUAGAGCUGUUUGAACGGGGAAGAAUAAUGGAUAAGUUUGAGGAACCCGGUGGGCCUUCAAGGGUAUUGAUUGCUUCAAUUACAGCGUGUGCUGAGGGUAUUAGUUUGACAGCAGCUUCGCGGGUGAUUAUGUUAGAUUCAGAGUGGAAUCCUUCCAAGACAAAGCAGGCCAUUGCACGUGCUUUUCGACCUGGUCAACAGAAGGUUGUUUAUGUGUAUCAGCUCUUGGCAUCUGAAACACUCGAAGAAGACAAGUAUCGCAGGACAACAUGGAAGGAAUGGGUAUCCUGUAUGAUUUUCAGUGAGGAAUUUGUAGAGGACCCUUCUCUCUGGCAAAUAGAAAAAAUUGAAGAUGAUAUAUUGAGAGAGAUUGUGGCAGAAGACAAGUUGAAGUCUUUCCGUAUGAUAAUGAAAAAUGAGAAGGCUUCAAAAGGAUUGAUCAGAACCUAGUUCUAUUUGAUAAUGAAAAGCGAAAGAAACUACCCCAUGCAUGUUUGUUGCAGGUUCUUUGCCCAUUUUUCUCUCUUGUUUGCUCAUUUAUUGACCAGAGUUGAAUAAAGAGGUGCAACAUUUUCAUAAUCGAUUGCUGUUCAUUAGCAAUAUUAUAUUUUCAGAUUAUACAAUUGAGUCAAUGACUGCAUGCAUGUAUAUGUCGUGUUCAUCAAAAUCACAUAAUGUGGUUCUUGCCGAACUAUCUUACAACUAUGUAGGAUAUGAACAGUUUGAGAUUGAAUGAAAAAAUAUGUACAGAUCUAUAUAUAGGCUGGACAUGACAUGAGUUUCGGCAGUGAAGGCAUAAGUUUACAUGAUUUAGGAUCUACUUGUUUUCAUUAUAAUCCAGCUAUUAGUGCAUGUAUAGGCUUGACAUGAUGUCUCGCCAUAUAGAUUGUUUACUUCUAUGUCAAUACCUGCAGAAG